UGCUUAGCCACCGGAUCUGGUGAUCAGACAGUUCGGUUUUGGGAUUUGGCUACCGAGUUGCCCGCUACCACCGGUACUGAUGCGCAUCACGCUCCUGUACUCUGUUUGGCCUGGUCCCCAGAUGGUUUGCGUCUCGCAUCUGGUUGUCAAGGUGGUGUGGUCUGUUUGUGGCAGGAAUCCGACUCCGUCGGCGGUCUGUGGUCACUGUGCACGGGAAAACCACUCAUUCGACCGACUUUAGUGAAAACUCCAACCGCUUCACGGGGACGCUGGAUUCGCUCUCUCGUCUGGCGUCCUUUUCAUUUGGAUCCCGAUUGCCGAAAAUUGGUUGUGGCCUAUCAAGACACAUCGAUGGUUAUUUGGGACAGCUGGACUGGUCAACCAUUACUCACUCUGANUGGACACGAGAAACCGGUGGUUUGCGUUCGUUGGGGCGGCAGUGAUUUGCUGUACUCUGCCAGUCAAGAUCGUACGAUUCGUGUGUGGCGAACGGACGAUGGUAUCCUGUGUCGUACUCUGAGCAUGCACGGACAUUGGGUGAACUGUUUGGCCCUGAGCACAGACUAUGUGCUUCGCACCGGUCCGUUUGAUCCGGCCGAGGCGCAACUGAUCAAAUCCUCACCUCCACGAAAGUCUGACAAGAAUAAACGUCAGUUUCUUUCUGAUGUUUUUUUUCACUUGACCGUUUCACGUGUGUUACCGUAUCAGAUCCGAGACAUGUUGUCCCUGGGUACUAACUUGGACAUUCGCACUCAAGGGAAUCCUGGUACACCAAGUGCGGAAGUUCUCAAUCGAAUUUGUAUUUGUGCUGCAGGUGAGCAGUUACAAAAGCAUGCUGAAGAACUUUAUGCAAAAGUUCGGCACCAUCGUCCCCGGAUCUCCAGUCACUCUUUCAUUGACCUUUGGUCUCCGUCCAUGAUCCUAUAUUCACUUCACCGCUUAUUGUUUCAUCCACUCUUCUUGUCACAGGGUUCUGGCCCGGAGCGUCUGGUUGCCGGCUCAGAUGAUAACACACUGUCGCUCUGGCAACCGGAAUUGGACAAAAAACCCCUCGCACCUCGUAUGGUCGGUCACCAAGGUGUGGUAAAUGAUGUGAAAUUCUCACGCGAUGCACGAAUGAUAGCCAGUGCAAGUUUUGAUCAUUCGGUUAAAAUUUGGGACGGACACACUGGACAAUUUUUGGCCACUCUGUUUGGUCACGUGCAAGAAGUUUAUCUAGUAGCUUGGUCUAGUGACAGUCGCCUCCUGGUAUCCUGCUCAAAGGACUCCACUCUUAAACUGUGGUCAUUGGCCGAAGUGCGUCGUUGGAACCAGGAAGCUGCUACUGUUCCCAAGUCAGAACGCAAACGUCAAUUGUUUGCCGCGGAUGUGGCCGGGAAAAAGACCGCUGGGUCGAACAAAAAUGCUGCCGCGCAUCAAAAGCGACGCCAUCUGUUAUAUGACUUACCUGGACACGCGGAUGCUGUUUAUGCCCUAGAUUGGAGUCCAGAUGGCCAGCGGGUGGUUUCUGGUGGAAAAGAUAGAAUAUUAAAAAUGUGA